AUGAACCCACACGCAAGUAUAAUCAUCACCUCAAGCCUAAUCAUAGGACCACUACUCACAAUAUCCAGCAACCACUGAAUCCUAGCAUGAACAGGGUUAGAAAUUAGCACCCUAGCCAUCAUCCCACUAAUCGCCAAACAACAUCACCCACGCGCAACCGAAGCCGCCAUCAAGUACUUCCUAACACAAGCAACCGCCUCAACAUUAAUCUUAUUCUCCAGCAUCAUUAAUGCGUGAACAUUAGGCCAAUGAGACAUCACACAAAUAUCCAACAACAUCCCAUGCACAAUUCUCACUACAGCUCUAGCCAUCAAACUAGGAUUAGCCCCAUUCCACUUCUGAUUGCCAGAAGUACUUCAAGGAACUACUACAACAACUGCCCUAAUUUUAACCACCUGACAAAAACUAGCACCAUUAUCUCUACUAGUAAUAACCGCCCAAUCCCUAAAUACACCAUUAAUACUAACAUUAGGACUAACAUCCGCCAUUAUCGCCGGGUGAAAUGGACUAAACCAAACUCAACUUCGAAAAAUCAUAGCAUUUUCCUCAAUCGCCCACCUAGGAUGAAUGACUACAAUCCUCACUCUAUCACCUAAACUCAUACUACUCACAUUCUACACGUACAUUAUUAUAACCUCCACAAUAUUCCUAAUAAUCAAACUUCUGGAAACAAACAAAAUCUCAGUAAUAAUAACAUCCUGAACAAAACUACCAGUACUAAAUACUACAAUAAUGCUUACCCUCAUAUCACUAGCAGGCCUACCACCACUAACAGGAUUUAUACCAAAAUGACUUAUCAUUCAAGAACUGACUAAACAACAAAUACUCAUCAUAGCUACCAUAAUAGCCCUAUUAUCACUACUUAACCUAUUCUUCUACCUACGAAUCUCAUAUUAUGCAACCAUUACACUACCCCCAAACUCCACUAGCUACUCACAACAAUGACGACACAAACUAAGCCAAAAACACUACCUUGCCCCAAUAACUACACUAUCCACCACCAUACUCCCAACUGUACCCACCCUACUAGCCAUAACCU